AUGAAAGAAAAUGAUUUACCAGUUUUUAUAAAAAAUGAAAAAAGUUUUAAAGAUGAUUCUAAUUAUGACGUUUUUACAAGACAAAAAAGACAAUUACAACAACGUAGAAAUAGAUUACUACAAAGAUUAAGAGAAGCACAACGACAAAGACGUUUAAGGCAACGAAAACAACAACAAAAAAGAGCAGAACGUUUACGAAAACAAAAACUUUAUUUACAAGAAAGAAAUAAAGCAGCAAAAGAAAGAAGAUUAGUUUUUCUUCAAAGAGAAAGAGAACGUUUAGAAAAGUUUAGAAUUGAACGUGAACAAAGAUUAUCUUCAAUUUUAGCUUCACAAACUACAGCUCACGCAGAAACUACAACAGAAGUCACAACAACUGCUGCUACAACUGCUGCUACAUCUGCUGCUACAACUGCUGCUACGACUGCUGCUACAACUAGUUCUACAGCUGCUCCUACAGCCGCACCCGGUAGUGGUUAA